CUCUCUCUCUCUCUCAAAAAUACACACGUUUUGGUGUGUGUUUUCUUUAAAUAUGAUGACGAGGAUUUUGAAUAGAUUGAUUUUGCUAUUUGCAUUUACAGUGUGUUUAUUUCCAUUGUUCAAUGAUCAUAUCAAUGGAGGAAAAGGAGGAGUUAUGGCUUUCCACAAGGUUUAUAUGAACUACCAAUCUUUGAAUGCGAUCAACGUCAAACAAAUUUACAGAACUGGAUACCACUUUCAACCUAAGCAAAACUGGAUUAACGACCCAAAUGCACCCAUGUAUUACAAGGGAUACUAUCAUCUUUUCUACCAAUAUAACCCGAAAGGCGCUGUAUGGGGCAACAUCGUAUGGGCCCACUCCGUAUCAAAAGACAUGAUCAACUGGAUUCCACUCGAUCCAGCAAUCGUACCAUCGAAACCUUUUGACAAAUACGGAUGUUGGUCCGGAUCCGCCACAAUCCUACCCGGAAACAAACCCGUGAUUUUGUACACAGGAAUUAUUGAUAAAAAGCCAGCACCAGGUUAUCAAGUCCAAAACUACGCCAUUCCUGCAAACUAUUCAGACCCGUUUCUCCGUGACUGGAUCAAACCAGAUGAUAAUCCGAUAGUAAAACCCACUUAUGAAAACGUCUCAUCUUUUCGUGACCCUACAACUGCUUGGUUUAACAAUGGUCAUUGGAAGAUGAUUGUAGGUAGCAAACACAAGCAUCGAGGGAUUGCUUAUUUGUAUAGGAGUCGGGAUUUUGUUAAGUGGACUAAGGCCAAACAUACGCUCCAUGACAAACCGGGUACGGGUAUGUGGGAGUGUCCGGAUUUUUUCCCGGUAUCAGCAUAUGGGCAAUCCGGGUUGGAUACCUCAGUGUUGAAGGGUGGUGUUAAACAUGUGUUUAAGGUUAGCCUUGACAUGACUAGGUUUGAGUAUUACACGAUUGGUACAUAUGACACGAUUAAGGAUAAAUAUUACCCGGAUAACACUUCUGUUGAUGGUUGGGCCGGUUUAAGAUAUGAUUAUGGAAAUUUUUAUGCAUCAAAGACAUUCUUUGACCCGGUUCAAAACCGGAGGAUUCUGUGGGGUUGGGCUAAUGAGUCGAGUACGAGUUACGAAGAUGUUGCAAAGGGGUGGGCCGGAAUUCAGUUGAUUCCACGUAUGGUAUGGCUGGACCCUAGUGGAAAGCAAUUGCUACAAUGGCCAAUUCAUGAAUUGGAAACACUUCGAGGUGACAACGUGCACUUAAGUGAUGUGAAGCUUAACAAGGGCGACGUUGUUGAGGUCAAAGGAAUUACUCCUGCUCAGGCGGAUGUGGAGGUGAUGUUUUCGUUUUCAACCUUGGAUGAAGCUGAGAAUUUUGAUCCGGAAUGGUCGAAAUUGCCCUCGGAAAAUCUUGCUUUGGAGAUAUGUGGGAUCACGGGUACUAAACAAGGAGGGUUAGGGCCAUUUGGGCUUUUAACUUCCACCUUGAACAAGAACGAGUACAAGCCAUCAUUUGCAGGCUUUGUGGAUGUUGAUUUAACUGCAAAGACGCUUUCACUUAGAAGCUUGAUCGAUCACUCAGUUGUUGAAAGCUUUGGUGAGGGUGGAAAGACUGUCAUAACAUCGAGGGUUUAUCCGACAAUUGCAGUGGCCGAAGAUGCACAUUUGUUUUUAUUUAACAACGGUACGGAAACCGUCACUGUUGAGAGUGUGGGUGCUUGGUCUAUGAAGAGUCCUGAAUUCAUGAAUUAG